AUGAGUAUAAUGAUUGAUGCCAGCAGUAAAAACGAUGCUACUCCAAGGCUGAUAGCCAAACCUUCGGCGUAUCAACAGAUUAAUGACGUCAUUCAGAUAGAGUUUGAAAAAUUUGCUUCGGGGUCUUGGGAGUUAGGAAUGGAGGAAGUAGUGGAAGUCACUGGGAAGACCACUGAGUUUGUCGUCGGAGCUGGAGUUGGCAUGUAUAUGAAAACGGAACGUGCCAAACAAGGCAUCAUACACAAAGCAUGUGAUAGGGAACCCGGUUACUGCAUCCACAGAAGCAGGCUAAUGUACCACCGGCUGUUCUAUAUCAUUUAA